UAUUUGUUUGGUUCGGUGCAUUUGUGCAGUGUAAAACGUCUUCCGUUGCGUUCUAAAAACUGUGUUGCGUUCCAGAGCACCUAUUAUCACUCGAUAUGAGCACGAUCCUUAGCGGAUCGGGGUCUAAAAAAUGUAUUAUUUGUUUGCAGUACGCACCGACCAUGGUUCCACUGAACACGGAAGUCGACAUUGAUGGUGUUACGGUGAACUGUGAAGCUAUGUAUGCCAAGUUCACAGGCGUUCAGCUCGAAACUGCAACACUCUCAAAAAAGCGAUUGCUCAAUCUUUGUUUGGCCUGCCUAACGCAGCUAAAUUCUUGCUAUUUGUUUCAAAAGCAGGCCAUUGAAGCAGCAGAAAGAAUAUUUACAACUUUACCACAAUUGGAACUUCAUCUAACAGUUGAUGGAGAUAAGCUCACAUGCCAGUACCUUAACCCACAGUUUGAAAAAACGAACGAACAGACUGAAAUUAGUAAUUAUGUUGAAGAGAAGGAAAUAGUUACCGAACGGACAGACCUUGAUCAGAAUUAUGCAUUAUCAGUCAAACAGUCAGCCGCUCAAGAAUCAUCACAGGAUGAGGUAGAAAUAGAGCUGGAAGAAGACGUUGAAGCGGUAGAAGAAUUCAUCGACGAAGGAUCACACUCGAUCGAUGCAGACACACAGGAGGACACGGAGCAACACAGCGAACAAACUGUGCCGGAAGAAAGCAAACCUUCCUGCAAGGAAUGUACACACCUGCAGGGUAAUGUUGUUUGGUUUCGAAAACAUUUCCUGCGUGCACACUGUCAGCCGAAGUCCGGCGAACGGUACCGGUGCACCGUUUGCUUGGGACAGUUUAAAAGUAUACGUUCCUUCACGCGACACACCCGUACCCAUCAAGGAACGAAGCGGUACGCGUGCCAGUUCUGUCCCAAAUCGUUCCACUAUUCCCAUCACUUACAGGCCCACGAGCGAAUUCAUACGAAGGAGAAACCUUUCGUGUGUGAAAUGUGCAGCAAAGCAUUCAUUUCCAAGGAACGCUUAAACGCACAUGAAGAAACACACGGCGCAGAGCGUGCGUUCGAGUGUGAGGUGUGUCGGGCAACGUUCAAAACACGACAAAAUUUGUACAAGCACAGCCUAAUCAAACACGAUCGGCCGGUGGCAAAGUUUCAAUCGUUCAGGUGCAAUCGGUGCGGUAAGCUAAUGCUAUCCCAAUCGGCCGUUACCUAUCACAAGCAUCAUCCGUGCAUAGCGUCAGCUCGUCAGCAGCCUGAACAACAGCGUGUUACGGAACAGACGGUCCUCCAUCAGGGCAACACCAAUCAUAGGAAAUAUCCUUGCGACGUAUGCGGCUUGCAAUUUAAUCAAAAAAUCGAACUGAACCGGCACACGCUCAUUCACGAAGGAUCUCGACCGUACCGGUGCGAUGUGUGCGAUCGUUCCUUCCGACAGAAGGGUACACUCACGACCCAUAUGCGUACCCACACCGAUGAAAAGCCGUACGAGUGUACGCAAUGUGCUGCUCGUUUCCGGUCCGCCGCUUCCAGGCGAUCACACUUCAUCCGACAGCAUAUGCCGUGUUGCGUUCCAGAGCAACUAUUACCGCUCGAGAUGAGCACGAUCCCAAGUGGAUCGGGAUCUAAAAAAUGUAUUAUUUGUUUGCAGUACGCACCGACCAUGGUUCCACUGAACACGGAAGUCGACAUUGAUGGUGUUACGGUGAACUGUGAAGCUAUGUAUGCCAAGUUCACAGGCGUUCAGCUCGAAACUGCAACACUCUCAAAAAAGCGAUUGCUCAAUCUUUGUUUGGCCUGCCUAACGCAGCUAAAUUCUUGCUAUUUGUUUCAAAAGCAGGCCAUUGAAGCAGCGGCAAGAAUAUUUACAACUUUACCACAAUUGGAACUUCAUCUAACAGUUGAUGGAGAUCAUCUCACAUGCCAGUACCUUAACUCACAUACUGAAAAAACGAACGAAAUUACUAAUUAUGUUGAAGAGAAGGAAAUCGUUACCGAACGGACAGACCUUGAUCAGAAUUAUGCAUUAUCAGUCAAACAGUCGGCCGCUCAAGAACCAUCACAGGAUGAGGUAGAAAGAGGGCUGGAAGAGGACGUAGAAGCGGUAGAAGAAUUCAUCGACGAAGGAUCACACUCGAUCGAUGCAGACACACAGGAGGACACGGAGCAACAUAGCGAACAAACUGUGCCGGAAGAAAGCAAACCUUCCUGCAACGAAUGUACACACCUGCAGGGUAAUGUUGUUUGGUUUCGAAAACAUUUCCUGCGUGCGCACUGUCAGCCGAAGUCCGGCGAACGGUACCGGUGCACCGUUUGCUUGGGACAGUUUAAAAGUAUACGUUCCUUCACGCGACACACCCGUACCCAUCAAGGAACGAAGCGGUACGCGUGCCAGUUCUGUCCCAAAUCGUUCCACUAUUCCCAUCACUUACAGGCCCACGAGCGAAUUCAUACGAAGGAGAAACCUUUCGUGUGUGAAAUGUGCAGCAAAGCAUUCAUUUCCAAGGAACGCUUAAACGCACAUGAAGAAACACACGGUGCAGAGCGUGCGUUCGAGUGUGAGGUGUGUCGGGCAACGUUCAAAACACGACAAAAUUUGUACAAGCACAGCCUAAUCAAACACGAUCGGCCGGUGGCAAAGUUUCAAUCGUUCAGGAGCAAUCGGUGCGAUAAGCUUAUGCUAUCCCAAUCGGCCGUUACUUAUCACAAGCAGCAUCCGUGCAUAGCGUCAGCUCGUCAGCAGCCUGAACAACAGCGUGUUACGGAACAGACGGUCCUCCAUCAGGGCAACACCAAUCAUAGGAAAUAUCCUUGCGACGUAUGCGGCUUGCAAUUUAAUCAAAAAAUCGAACUGAACCGGCACACGCUCAUUCACGAAGGAUCUCGACCGUACCGGUGCGAUGUGUGCGAUCGUUCCUUCCGACAGAAGGGUACACUCACGACCCAUAUGCGUACCCACACAGAUGAAAAGCCGUACGAGUGUACGCAAUGUGCUGCUCGUUUCCGGUCCGCCGCUUCCAGGCGAUCACACUUCAUCCGACAGCAUAUGCCGUAAGCUAGGGUGGUCGGCACACAUCUCGGUGUUCCAAGUUUAUUGUAAAAUUGAUUCCUGAGUGUAGUACCCUGCCGCGGGGUUAGCUAUUUCGGCUGGCACCAUUUUACGAUUCACUUGUUCAGAUCCGGGAAGUUGAAAGAGAUGUCCGAUCUGCUUUAAAAGCAGUUUUUCCGGUGGUUGCGACAAGCGCACGCUGCGCAUUGGUAACAUCUAGUAGGCUGUGUUGGGGAGUCGAUUCGGUAGUCCAAAAGUCCAUCAACAAAUAGUCUCUGGGUGUUGCAGUUACGCUGGUUCAGCGACUCGAUACCCAAAAGCGUACAGCGAGUGUCGUAAUCCACUUGGACCCAAGGACCGAUUCCAGAAGCGCAAUGCGAACCGGGUGAAUUUGCGCUGGACGGAUUCCAAACGGGCUAGGGGCCGAGCAGCAGAUGGCCACCAUACAAUGGAGGCAUACUCCAGCACCGAUCGAACCAAGGAGCAGUAGAGCGUCUUGAUGGAGACCGGGUCCGUGAAGUCGCGAGUAAGUUGCUUAAGCAAGCCUAUCAGCUGGUUGCCCUUGGUGACGACGUGUUCGAGCUGUUCGUGGAAGCUCUGCUUCUCAUCGAGGAGUACUCCUAAAUCCCUAACACUGCUUUUGCGGACAACCAGAGGACAGCGCUUUCUCGUGAACGUUACGACAAUACACCGGGAUUGGAAUGAACAGAGUGCAGCUUGAAGGCGGAGUUGGUCGGACCGGUCUUGGAUCGACAGGAAUAGCUUCGCAUCAUAAGCAAACAGUAGGUGGAUUCCAGCGGGAAGCACCCUAGUUACGGUCAUUGAUGAAAAUGACGAACAGCAGCGAUCCGAGGUUGCUCCCUUGAAGCACCCCUAAAGAAGCAGGAAUGCAACGCGACAAAUGGGGUCCCAUUUUCACGCAGUAGAUCGGCCGGCGAGAUACGAACGCAUCCAAGUUAGCAAUUGGACGGGCGUGCCCAACAUCUGGAGCUUGGCGAGUAGCAAGGAAUGCAGGACACUUUCAAAGGCAGCUUUGCUGUCCGUAUAUACCGCGUCCACUUCGGAGCCGGAGUCGAUGGUCCUGUGGCGUUGGCUGACAAAUUCAACCAAGUUUGUGGUGGUAGAGCGCUUGGGGACGAAUCCGUGUUGAGUAGUGCUGGAGGUAGUUCGAGGCAGCAGCGAGAAGAGAUUCGUACACAGCAAGCUCGAAAACCUUAGCGCAGGCGCAAAGCGUUGUGAUGCCGCGGUAAUAACAGGCGCUGGAUUCAUCUCCCUUUUGUCUCCACAUAGAAAGCUAUAUUCGAUCACUUGCGUUAACCGUGGGCGCCAAGACAAAGUGCAGUAGAACGUGAAGCACUUUUUGCCAACUGGCUAGUUAAUGCCUUGCAGAAUGGGGAGACCCAAGAGCUUGGCGUGGAAGCAUCCAUCUGUACGAUGAUCCUAAUUGUGGUCAAGAUGUAUUUUGUGGCAAGCGAUCCUCAGUCAUCUGUUUCUAAACAAUCAGAAUGAGUCGGAUGCUACGGUUUGUGAAAAACAAAAUCCUCCCGGCAUUCAGCUCGUCGUAGAAUAAUGUCUGUUUAUCUCGAGCACUGAUAAAAUAUCAACUUCGGACGUUUUCCAUUCAAAUAAGAGUUCAUUUUUCUCACAUGUUUUUGUGGUGAUCUUUUUUUUUAUAUUAAAUUUAUCUAGUACUUAUGCAUUACUCUCUGUAACACUAGUUGUGGCCUUUUUUAUGAUGGUAUUUGUAGUAAUAUUAUUAUUUUACGCGAUGUACACACCGGAUAGGAGUGUAUCGGUUCUGCGCGGGAAAAAACUGGGCCUAGAACGUAGAAACUCAAUGCAUUUUUUUUCCUUCUCCUGGCUCAGCAUUACCAGUAUAGGAUAGUAAGCCAAUACGCAGUAAGACCUGUUGGGGGGGAGGUUCACGCUCAUCUGCUAGAACGAUCUACCAUAACUUAAGACCUGUUGUAACAUCGUCUUCUCUACCUUGCCUGUUCACUAUGUAUGUAAAAGUUUAAUCCCGUUGUUGCACAGAAGCACAUUUUUAGGCAGCGUUUUGCUACAGUUUCCAUAGGCGGGUUAAGGAUUCUAAUUCAAUAGCACCAGUGUCCACUAAACGAAUCAUGCAAAUCAAGAGCCCUGUAGCCCCGAAAGGCUUGUGUUAAAGCAAGGAAAAUACAGCACUAAACAUUACAAGAUACCACACUUAACUAAAAGGCAUCAUUUAGUAACAGAAGACAAAAGUAGUAACGCUCCGCUCGCUUGAUAACCUCUGGAACGUGGUUGUGUGGGCCCCCCACUUCAACACUUUUUUUUUCUCACCUCGAUUUGAGUUUUGUUCAGCGUAGUGUUUUACACACCACCCCACCCUUCUAUUAUGUAUAUAGUGUUGCACUUGUUUUCUUCUUGUCAAUGUCUCAAUUAGCUAAGGCAGUGAUAUUUUCUCUUAUCUGGUAUCUCAUUAGUUCUUAGUAAUCGGGAGCAUGGUGCUGCUACACUCUUACUACUACUACUACUACCGGCUACUACGGCAGCACCAUCGCCGCUGGUACACUUAAAACUAGCUCGUCACGGACACUAUCGGCUACAUAAACGAAAAAGUAUGUGCUCUAAUAUAAAGAAAUAAGGAUCCCGAUUAAUGUCCCUCCCCAUAUCUGUUACUGCAACAUUAACGUAUGCUACAAACUAAACAAAAAA